CAGGAUGCUGCUAUGAUGUAUAAAGGAUCGUAAAAAGGAUCAAAGAUGCACGGAAUAUCGCCGACGACGCCACCCUCGUACCCCACCUUCGCUUACCCUCGCCGCGUCUCUCCACCCGGAAGUCCAGCCCCGAAGAAGUGUUGUUAUGACCACGCGGAGACAUACAGAAACCGCGAGUCCUUCCUGUGCUGCUGCUACACCUGCCCGAAGAGGUCCUCCACGUCCGUCUUCGCAACCGUCGCAGUUUGCUGCAUGGUAUUGGGAUACACGAUCCUCGGGGCUUUCGUGUUCAUGGCCUUGGAAGGCGGUUUUCGCCGGGACACUUCCAUAGCCGCCUCCAAAUCCAGUUUGAAACGGGAAGGAGGCGGCGUCGCCGGAGAUUUACGUUCGCAAACCGUAGAGCGUUUAUGGAGCAUCACGGAGAACCUAAACAUUCUGUAUAGAGAGAAUUGGACGAGAUUGGCGGCCGAAGAAGUGAUGGAGUUCCAGGAAGCGCUGUUCAGAGCUCUUAGAUCUGGAGCAGGCUACGUCGGACCAGGCGACUCUACCAUCCUCUACCAUCAGCACCCGCACCGAUGGAGCUUCAGCUCGUCCUUCCUGUACUCCCUGACACUCAUCACUACAAUAGGUUUCCUUCGUCCUUGCUCUUGUGUUGAACAAGGAGUUUUGCAAUCAAAUUGCUCGGACGUCUCGAGUGUUUUUAUCGGAUGUACGGACGAUCGUGCGAUUCGCUUCGUUAAACGGAAUCACCUGUACCGGAAGUAA